AUGAACAAAGGCGAAGUUGUUCUAUUGGAUUUUUGGGCUAGUCCUUUUGCCACGAGAGCAAAGAUUGCACUGGCAGAGAAAGGUGUUAAAUUUAAAGCUAGAGAAGAGGAUUUGUUUGGUGGCAAAAGUGAAUUAUUGCUUACAUCUAAUCCUGUAUACAAGAAAGUUCCUGUAUUGAUACACAAUGGCAAACCUGUUCCAGAGUCCAGCAUUAUAGUUAACUACAUUGACGAUGCUUGGCCAACCCCCUCACUCCUCCCUGCUUGCCCUUACGAAAAAUCAGUAGCAAGGUUUUGGGCCGACUUCAUUGACAAGAAGGUGUUUGAUGCUGGAUGCAAUAUAUGGAGGGGGAAAGGAGAAGAAUUAGAGUUGGCAAAGAAAGAAUUCAUAGAGAUUUUGAAGGUGUUAGAGGAAGCUUUGGGAAAGAAAGAUUACUUUGGUGGUGAUACUUUUGGAUUUGUUGAUAUCAUAGCAAUUCCUCUUACUUCUUGGUUUCAUGCAUAUGAAGUCUUCGGUAACUUCAAAGUGGAGGAUGAAUGCCCUAGAUUUUCAGCUUGGAUGAAGAAAUGCAUGGAGAGAGAGACUGUUGCUAAGUUUCUACCUGACCAGACAAAAGUCUAUGACUUCGUUUGCAUGAUGAGGAAGAUGCAUGGUCUUGAAUAG